UGGCAAUGCCCCUUCAAGCCAAUAUUUAAAAUUUAGACAGGGACACACCUUGGCCAUUCUUGCACUCUUCCUAGAAUUGAAUCAUCAAGGAAUCCACCAUGAGAGUCUUCGAUUUGUCAGUGAAGCACGGCGACUGCAUCAAACUGAAGGGGAAAAUACAUAAUGGAGCCAAGAGUUUUGCCCUCAACUUAGGUCAGGAUGAUUCAAAUCUGGCCAUUCACUUCAAUGCUCGCUUUGAAGCCCUUGGAGAUGUCAAACAGAUUGUGUGCAAUUCCAGAUCAAAUGGCCAGUGGGGUGCAGAAGUACGGCCGUCGAUAUUCCCGUUCCAGGAAGGAGCUGAAAUCAAGAUGUGCCUCAGCUACCAAAGUGGGGAGAUAAAGGUGAAGAUCGAUGGACAGGAAAUCAGCUUCCCCAAUCGUCUUGGCCUGAAUUCUGCCCAGUACUUCUCAGUGGAUGGAGACAUCAGUAUUCUGUCUUUCAAGUUUUGAUGAAACAUAGUCACACUCCCACCCUGUGGAUUUCUUGAAUAAGAUACAAAAAAGGCAAAUA